CCGGGUGUCCUCGCUGCUAUAUAUUUAAUAUAUAUAUAUCCGCCCGCUGCACGCCGCACGCCGCAAUCCCUAAUCGACUUCCCCAAUCUUUCGCCCUCUUCGCGCAGCAGCUACAGAGCUAGGGUUCCGUCCUCGAUCCGAUCCGGCGAGUGCUCACCACCUUUCCCCACUUCCCUCCGAUCGAAUCGAUGGCGGCCGAGGGCGAAAAGAAAAUGAUAACCCUCAAAAGCUCAGAUGGUGAGGAGUUCGAGGUGGAGGAGGCGGUGGCGAUGGAGUCGCAGACCAUCCGCCACAUGAUCGAAGAUGACUGCGCCGACAACGGCAUCCCGCUCCCUAACGUCAACUCCAAGAUCCUAUCCAAGGUAAUCGAGUACUGCAACAAGCACGUACAUGCCGCCGCUGCCGCUGCCGCAGCCUCCAAGGCCGGUUCCGACGACGUGGGUGCCGCCGCCGCCAACAGCACCGCCGCCUCCGGUGAGGACCUCAAGAAUUGGGAUGCUGACUUCGUCAAGGUCGACCAGGCCACGCUCUUCGACCUCAUCUUGGCUGCAAACUAUCUCAACAUCAAGGGUCUGCUGGACCUGACCUGCCAGACUGUUGCUGACAUGAUCAAGGGCAAAACCCCAGAGGAGAUCCGCAAGACCUUCAACAUCAAGAAUGACUUCACCCCUGAGGAGGAAGAGGAGAUCCGCAGGGAGAACCAGUGGGCCUUUGAGUAAGGAGGUGCUGAGCCCUCUGAUCUCUUAUGCCUAGGUUUCGUCAUAUCUACUACCUUGCAAUGCUCUGCUUUUAAAUGUCAUCGUAAUGGUUGUAAGUAUUUUGGGAGUCACUUUGCUUGAGAAUGUGUUGGGUAAAACUGAUGUGGUCAAUGGUCGGUUAUUACUAUGAAAGGACAUCGGCUGCUGCCCUAAGAGGUCAAUCCUCGUAGAUGUUUUGUGCGAUUCCUCCAUCUUGAAUCUCUUGGCGAAGUACUAUCAUUAUUGUGAUAUUGCCUAUUCAUGA